GGGCAACUGUGACAGACCAUAAGAAGGUUCACCGUCCAGCCGCAGCUCCUCACCAACGGUUUGACCUGCCAGUGGACUUACAACCAGCAGCCGGAGAGGUUUUUACUUUAAAUCCAGGACCUUUAAGAGAUCAAAUAAAGCCUUAAUAAUAUGGGAAAAGAAAAUAUUUGCUUUUUGACUGUUUGGAUAAUUUUGGGAAACAUUUUUGGAACUUUUUCCUCAGAUCCUGAAACCACCACGUCUGUUUUUGUAAACUCCACUGUCACGGCCACUCCGCUGCCGACCACCACUGAAUGGAUCACAGACUAUACCGACAUCGUGUCCAAGUUCUCCCUUCGCACCGUGGACGUCCCAGAUGACGACAUGUGCUACAUCGUGCCUGGGAGGCCCGAAACCAUCAAAGAGUGCGAAUUCAAUCCAGAAACACAGACCUUCAUCAUAAUCCACGGCUGGACGGUGACGGGGAUGUUUGAGAGCUGGGUGCCGAAGCUGGUGGCGGCUCUGUACGAGCGAGUUCCCACUGCCAACGUGAUCGUGGUGGACUGGCUGACCCGAGCCAGCCAGCACUACCCGACCUCUGCAGCCUACACCAAACUAGUCGGCCGAGACGUCGCCAAGUUUGUCUCCUGGUUGCAGAAAGAGCUGCAGCUGCCGUGGGAGAGGCUUCAUCUGCUGGGUUACAGUCUGGGAGCACAUGUGGCUGGAAUUGCCGGAGAUCUCACGGACCGUAAAAUCAGCAGGAUCACAGGCCUGGAUCCUGCUGGUCCCACCUUCGAGCACGCCAACGAGCAGAGCAUCCUGUCCAGAGACGACGCCCAGUUUGUGGACGUCCUGCACACCAACACCAGGGGCUCCCCGGACCGUAGCAUCGGCAUCCAGAGACCGGUGGGCCACAUCGACAUCUACCCCAACGGAGGAAACUUCCAGCCGGGCUGCGACAUCCAGAACACCCUGCUGGGGAUUGCAUCAGCCGGCAUCAAGGGCCUCCAAAAUAUGGACCAGCUUGUGAAAUGUUCCCACGAGCGCUCCAUCCACCUGUUCAUCGACUCCCUGCUGAACGUCCAGCAGCAGAGCAUGGUCUACCGCUGCAACUCCAAGGAGGCCUUCAACAAGGGGCUGUGCCUCAGCUGCAGGAAGAACCGGUGCAACACGCUGGGCUACAACAUCACCAAGGUCCGCACGGCCCGCAGCACAAAGAUGUACCUCAAGACUCGCGAGAUGAUGCCGUACAAAGUUUUCCACUACCAAGUGAAGGCCCAUUUCUUCAGCAAAGAUAAACUGAGCUUCACCGAGCAGCCGAUGAAGAUUUCACUGUACGGAACCCACGGAGAGAAGGAGGGCAUCUCAUUUGUCCUACCGGUGCUCAACGAUAACUCCACUCUGUCCUUCCUCAUCACCACCGACGUGGACAUCGGAGACCUGAUGAUCGUGAAGCUGCGCUGGGAGAAAGACGCCAUCAUCAGCUGGUCCAGCUGGUGGGGCAGCAGCGAGUUCCAGAUCCGGAAACUUCGCAUCAAGUCCGGGGAGACUCAGUCCAAGGUGAUCUUCAGUGCAAAGGAGGGAGAGUUUGCUAACCUUGUCAGGGGAGGAGAAGAGGCAGAGUUUGUCAAGUCAAAAGAAGACAACUUGAGCCGUAAAGAAAAACUGAUGCACAAGCUGAAAAUGCAGGGGAGUCUUUUUGAGCAGAACGACGCUUAAAGUUGCACUUGAACGUCACGCACAUCAUCCAUCUGUACAAUCCUCCACAGCCAAAGAUGGAAGCAAACACUGGGAAAGCCUUCUGCAAAUGACUGGACCCCUAAUGGACGCCGUGCUUUUUCCCCCCCCUCAUCAUCUCCCAGCGCUACCAACACAACCGCAACACAAAGCCACCGGUUUUUUGUUACGAUGAUGUGCUUCAGUAUUUUCUUCUCACCUUCAGUAGCUUUUGCUGCUUUGUAAUCAUCGUUUAUGCUUUUGUAUCCUAUAUGUACUGUUUAUACCCAUAUAUUUUGAACUGAUGUGCUUGGUGCCUAUGUGAGCUUGGAUUAUUGUUUAUGUUAAUGUAUACAUGAUUCAGAGUGACAGGCAUAGUUCAGGCACAUCUUUGUUUGUUUUUUAAACGUGCAAAGUGAUCAUUUGUGUGCCCAAUCUUUACUUAACCACUAAUUGCCAACAAUCAACAGGGACCAAAGAAGCAUUUUACUGUCUACUGAACGGAGAAUAACCGUGGCCUUUGUAAAUACCUUUAAUCAGUAUCUUCUUAAAUAUGAGUUAUGUGCUAAUAUCUGAUCUCUGGAAGCCUUGGCUGUUCUUUGAUUGCGUUUGGUUAUUGUAUCACAGGUCACUUUAAAAAAGGCUCUCUGUCCCCUGCAGCCAUUUAGAUGUUAAGGUCAUUAAGAUUGUACUCCACUAGGGAAAUCCAUUCUCUAGUUUUCGCGAUUUUUUUUGUAUUGAAAAUCAACUUUUCAAAUGUUCCAGUGCUCCUUUAUUUUCAGUUUACCUCAUCCAAUAAGCUCAGUCCUCAAAAAGCCCUUUUAUUACACUGAGGUCAAACAUCUAACAAAACCACAACAUUCAAUCCUUUGUAAUUGGUGUUGGACUGACCUACACGAUAUCCAUAAUACGUCACGUUGUAUUUAUUGAUUGUACAUUUAUAUAUUUGUAUAUGAAGCUGUAAUAUAUUUUGGCAGGCUUCCGUUGUCGUCUGUAUUUUUAUAAGUGAAGCAUUUUGUGUUUCUAUGCACGAGGCUUUGGAGGGAUCGAUCAAAUUGGCCUCCAUGCCAGCUGCAUGGACUUUUGUGAAGUGAAAUGCAGUGCACUGUCUGAAGAAAGAGCCCAGGAUGUUUGAAUAAAGAAAUAAACCCCCAUAAUCACCAUA